GUACUGGGAGAGAUGGAAUUUCCACCGGCUUUUCACAAGGAGAUGGAAAGUAUCGACGCGGUGAAUGGAACACCCGCAGUGCUUACCUGCCAACUCAAUCGCAGUCUCUCACCCAGCGAGAUUGUCAAGGUGUCGUGGUUGAAAAUGCCACGACAGCUAUUGGCACGGGGACGAAUGAAAAUAACCACAAAUGAACGCAUCAGCAUAGUGCCCCAGGCCUCCGAGAAUGUCUUUCAAUUACGAUUUGAUCCAGUGGUGAAAGAGGAUGGGGGUGAAUACCGAUGUGUAUAUAACCAUAAAACAGGCGUCAAAUAUAAGGUCGUCGUCGUUAACAUUCAAGUUCCACCCAAAGUGGACAUUGAUCCGCGAGGUGAAGUGGAAUUGCUGGAGGGUGAGUAUGCCUUUGUUGUUUGUAAUGCCUCCGGCACCCCCUAUCCCCAAUUUCGGUGGUGGAUGUUGCCUCUCGCCACGUACCAGAAGCAUUGUGCUCAACAGGCGCCAGGACUGUAUGGUGAAACAGAGGUGACUGUCACCUUUGCCAGUCAGACGUCGCACCCCUUUAGCCCAUUCGCUCUACAACCCUCGACUAUUGCCACCUCCUCGCAUCUCACUCUGGUGCCAGUACAUGAGAUCGCCUCCAAGUACAAACAGAACAUCUUCCUACGCAGCGGAAAAUUGAUCAUCAACGCAGUGAAUCGAGAUAUGACUGGAUGGUACUUUUGUGAGGCUCAUAACUCCGUCAAACCCUCAGCAAUCGAGCACACUCUUCUAACCGUCCAUUAUGCCCCUCGGGUAUUUCUGCCCCAAAGAGAAGUCUUUUUCGCACCCUUCGGAAAUGUUAGUCUGGUCAUUGCAUACUUACACCGAUACCUUCUAACCACAGUAAAGACGGUGGAAGGAUUGUUGUAUCAACUGGAAGGUCAAUCAAAGCACGGAUUUGGUGAUUCCCUCACCUACCUUGAUACUCCUACUGCAACAAGGAAGGAUGCGCCUAAGAAGUUGAGAGAACGAUUUCGAAGCAUAAAUUUGACCCAAUCAAGUAAUGAUCUCACUCUUUAUGGUCGACGGGUGAGAUCAGUGCUGCAUGUCUGGGUGUCAGAGGCCAAGCACUUUGGUCGCUAUAGUUGUCGAAUGCAAACUCGUCACGGCUUGGCGGAGGGAUUCAUCCGACUACGAAAUAAAGGCAAGUACUUCCCAUUUCUCAAUCUCUCUUAA